GCUGCAGCAACCCCAGCUCUUCGGCAGCCGCCGCCCCACAGCCCCGCCGGCUCCGUAACGCCCGGAAACGGCAGCACCGACGCGGGGCUGGGGCUUCUCCCCGCGCAGACAUGAGCGGCUUCGGGGCAGCAGCGGAGCCGGCGGGCUGGCAGCUGAGCGGCGAGGUCUUCCUCCCCGAGGAGACGCGCGGCGCCGCACCUGUGGGUUUCCUGCAGCAGCUGCCCAGCUACCAGUCGGCGCUGAGGCGCCGCGCCACCGCCGGCGGGGGCACCCAGGAGCGGCGGGCGGCCCCCCAGGGCUCCGCGGGGCUCCGCGCUGCCGCGGGCCUCGGGCCGGAGGAGGAGGACGACCAGGCGGCUGCUCCCACCGCCAGAGAGUGCCCCUUGACCAUGGCGGAGAAGAGGAGAUUGAGGGUCAAUCAGCAGGCUGAUGUAAAACAUUUAUCUGGAGGGAAACAGUGGAGAAGAACUAGCAGUAAAUCAUUGAAAAAAGUCCUCAGUGAAGUCAAGGAGUUCUCAUCUUACCUGACGCUUUGGCGACAUGAUAUUCACAGCAUAGAAGGGAAAUUUGGUACAGGCAUCCAGUCCUACUUCUCCUUCCUGCGUUUUCUGGUUCUGCUCAAUUUUAUAAUUUUUAUCCUGAUGUUCAGUUUUGUUACCCUUCCCAGCAUCAUUGCUAAGUAUGGAAUGUUCAACAGUAGCUUUGCUAAAAUUCCUCCAAAGAACAUAGAGUCGCACUGCACAGUUUAUGAACCUAGUGGUACUAAGGGACUGACUUACUUCUAUAAUUACCUUAAAGAUUUGCUCAGUGGCACUGGGUUCCUUGAAGUGACAAGUUUGUUUUAUGGCUACUACACAAUAGAUGCUGCAUGGAUCAGUAUCAUGAGAUACAACUUGCCACUAGCAUAUCUGCUGGCUACGUUUGCCUACCUUGCAUUAAGUCUCAUCUGGAUAAUAUCAAGGUCUCUGGAAGGAUUUAAGCGGAACUUGGUGCAUGCUGAAGAUCAAUUUCAGAGUUACUGUAACAAAGUCUUUGCAGGCUGGGACUUCUGCAUUACAGAUCCAAAUGCAGCUCGGCUAAAACAUCGCAGUUUGCAAUAUGAGCUCCAAACAGACUUGGAGGAAGAAAGACUGAAGCGAAAAAUAGCUGAGAGGACAACGAAAGAAAAGCUACGCAUCUACUCUCUGAGAAUAUUUAUAAAUGUAAUUGUCCUUGCAGUUCUAUUAGGAUGUUUUUACUCUAUUUAUAGAGCAACUGUCUUCUCUCAAGAAAACUCCAAUGGUGUCAGCAACAUGAACUUCCUUGUUAAUCUCUUAGUGCAGUAUUUGCCUUCCAUAGUGAUCACAACAGCCAACAUGCUUGCUCCUCUGAUCUUCUCAUUUCUGAUCAGAUAUGAAGAUUAUUCACCAGCCUUUGAAAUCAGGAUGAUAUUGCUGAGGUGUGUCUUUGUGCGCUUGGCCAGUAUCGGUGUUCUCUUGUUCUCGCUGUGGAGUCAGAUCUCCUCCUGUGACACUGACAAGUGUAAGGCCUGUGGAUACAAUUACGAACUCUAUCCUUGCUGGGAAUCUCAAGUUGGGCAAGAAAUGUAUAAGCUGAUGAUAUUUGAUUUUAUUGUAAUUCUUGCUGUGACCCUGUUUGUGGACUUUCCUAGAAAGUUAUUAGUUACUCAUUGUUCUUGCAAGCUACUUCAGUGGUUUGGAUUGAAGGAAUUUCAAAUUUCUGACAAUGUCCUGGAAAUGAUUUAUGGGCAGACUAUCUGCUGGAUUGGAACCUUCUUUUCACCACUCCUCCCUGCAAUAGCAACUGUAAAAUACUUCAUCAUCUUUUACAUUAAAAAGGUCAGUUUGAUACACACACAAAAACCUGCAGCUCGGCCUUUCAGAGCAUCAAGUUCCAAUUUUUUCUUCUUGUUGGUGCUGUUGAUUGGGCUCGUUUUGGCUCUUAUUCCUUUGGGAGUCAGCAUAGCAUAUAUCCCCUCCUCCAAGGCAUGCGGGCCAUUCAGGAAUUUUAACACUUCAUGGGCAGUUGUUCCACAUACUGUACUGGAGUUUCCAAAACCUUUGCAGCAGGUGCUUUACGGCAUAGCAUCAGAAGCCUUUGCAGUGCCUUUUUUUAUGAUCAUUUGCCUCGUUAUGUUCUAUUUUAUUGCCUUGGCCAGAGCACACCAACGAGUGGCUGAGCAGCUGAAGGAGCAACUAGCUAUGGAGGGUCGUGACAAGCAGUUCCUCAUCAGAAAGAUAACAGAAGCUCAGAGGCAUCCUUGAAAACCACAAAAAGCCAGAAGAACUUGACUUCCUGAAACUCCUAAAACCACUAGAUAAGAGUAGAAGCAUCUGCAGCACCUAAAACCUGGGCAGCUGACUGGCACCCUGGCUGGCACUGCUGUCUCUGUAAUGGACGCUUUUGGUGUUGGUUUUGAUUAUGCUGGUGAGCCUUAACAAUUUCCAAGACUGGAAAUUUAGUAAUUUACAGUGUUAGACCUGCCCCAAAAAUGGUGUGGUAGGACACUUUAUUGCUGCUACAAUUUCAGGGUUGUUGGAGUUUAAGUCCAUAUUUUUUCAGGGGUUUUGGGUAGAAUGUGAUCAGAACUGAAACUGUGUUUAGGAGCUUUAUACUGUUUUUACAAAUUAUGCUUUAAGAAUCGGGAGGGAGGAGAAAGGUGUGGUUUCACAGGUUUCCAAAACAUUUUUCUCUUUUAAAACCAAAGCAAGAGGGAGGUGCACGUCAGUAUUGUGAGGUAGUGCACAGGAGAAGAAAAUGUAGCAUGGGUUUGAAAUCAGUUUGCUAAAUAUUGUUGGAGUAGAGACUUUGGCAUUUAUUUUGCCCAGAAAUAGCAGGUACAGUGGGUGGCUCCACAGAGAGGUGCAGAGGGAGCGAGGUGACAGAGGAGCUCCGGGGGGGGAGGACAACACCCCGGGCACAGCCUCGCUGCUCCGGAGGGGCAGCGGUUCCAUUUUAAAUUUAUUAAAGCAUUAUCACUUGUAUUUUAUUCUUGAACGAACAGCUUUGUUUGUACUGCUGUUCUCCUUGUUUUAAAAUGUGAGUAUUUGGAAAUAAGGCAUUCUAUUAAGAGAAACUUAACUAUCCCUGCUCUUUAAUGUUUCUUCUCGCUGGACUGAGCUGCCGGAGCUGCGGGACCGGGGGGGAGCGGUGUUCCCGCCGGGGGCAGCGGUGUUCCUGCGGGGCAGGGGCCGUGCCCCGCGGUGAAGGCCUCGCCGCCGGGUUCGCUGUGCAGAACGGGGCGUGUUACUUGAAAUCCGCCAGUGGCGCACCGUUAGUUAGUAUGGGAGGGGCUGUCCUUUGCGUAUGAUGUUUUGGAAUGCCUCCUGUCUUCAUUUUAAAGAAAUUCGUGUUCAAUAAAUGAUUAUUUUUUAAAUACAAA